AUGACUGAGGACAACAAUUCAUUCACAACUGAGUUCAUCCUCAUAGGAUUCACAGAUCAUCCGGAGCUGAAGGGCCUCCUGUUUGUGGUAUUCUUUGCCAUCUAUCUGGUCACCAUGGUGGGGAAUCUUGGAUUGGUGGCCUUGAUUUACAUUGAACAUCGUCUUCACACACCAAUGUACAUCUUUCUGGGAAACCUGGCUCUGAUGGAUGCAUGUUGUUCCUGUGCCAUUACUCCAAAGAUGCUACAGAACUUCUUUUCUGCAGACAGAAUGAUAUCACUCUAUGAAUGUAUGGCACAGUUUUAUUUUCUCUGUCUGGCUGAAACUACUGACUGCUUCCUUUUGGCAGCGAUGGCCUAUGAUCGCUAUGUGGCCAUUUGUAACCCACUGCAGUAUCACACCAUGAUGUCCAAGAAACUCUGCAUUCUCAUGACCACAGGAGCUUACAUAAUUGGACACCUACAUUCCAUUGUUCAAGUAGCAUUAUUGUUUAGGUUAACUUUCUGUGGGUCGAAUCAAAUCAAUCACUUUUUUUGUGAUGUUCUCCCAUUAUACAGACUCUCCUGUGUUGAUCCUUAUAUCAAUGAUUUAAUGAUACUUAUCUUGUCCGGGUUUGUUCAAGUGUUUUCAAUUACCAUCGUUCUAAUAUCUUAUUUCUGUAUUCUUUUCACUAUAUUCACAAUGAAGUCCAAAGAGGGAAGAGGCAAAGCCUUAUCUACCUGUGCAUCCCACUUCCUUUCUGUGUCAAUGUUCUAUGGCUCUCUUCUUUUUGUGUAUAUUCGGCCAAAUUCAUUUAAAGAAGGGGAUAAAGAUAUACCUGUUGCCAUUUUUUAUACUUUAAUAAUCCCUUUACUAAAUCCUUUUAUUUAUAGCCUCAGAAACAAAGAAGUAAUAAAUGUUAUCAAAAGAAUAAUAAAAAAUAGAAAAUUACGUGCCAUUCCAAAGUAA